AUGACAACCAACAUCCCCGAAAUCCUCCUGCUCUGCAUGGACAAGGACUUCAUAACAGCCUUCAACGAUGCCCUCGAAAAGACCUGGCCAGAUCACAACCCACAAAAACUAAAGAUAACCCUAAUACACGAGCGCCUUAACUCCCUCCCAGAAGGAACAACCUUCGACCUAAUCGUCUCACCCGCAAACUCCUACGCCCGCCUCGACGGAGCCUUCGACCACGCCAUCUCAAUGACCUUCAGCCCACGACAAGACUACCACGCCCUGACACGCGCAGCGCAAACAGUCCUCUAUGAAAAAUGGCGCGGUUUUGCACCGCCAGGCUCGUGCACACUUGUCGAGUUCCCGGAUGACCUAAAGCAGAACAAAUACGGCUGCGGAUGGGUGGCUAUUUGUCCGACGAUGCGUGAGCCUGGGGAUGUCCGGUGGGACAAGGAGAUUGUCUAUGAGUGUGUUUGGAGCUUGCUGUGUCAGGUUGAGGGACAUAAUCGUGCUGCGGAGGGGGAGGGGAAGAUUGGGAGAAUUAUUAUGACGCCGUUGGCUGUGGGCGUUGGGAAGGUUAGUAAGGAGCGCUGGGCGGUGCAGACGGUGCUUGCGCUGAGACAGUUUGUUGAUGCUAUUGAGAGGCCUGCGAGGUGGGGGAAUUUGGACUGGAAGGAUAUUGAAAAGGAUUCUACUGAGGUUGUGAGGACUUGGGCGUUGUGA